AUGGCGCCUCCCAACUCCAGACUCUCUUGGGAGCCUUCUUCUGUCCACAAGGAGCCUUUGUCGAUAUCCAUUCCUUCUCCAGAUCACUCUGUGCCUGCAGAGACCUCUCACUUCUCUCCAGAGUCACAUCCAUCUUCUCCCUCUAGGACGCAGUCGAGCUGGACAUUCGCUGCAAAAUCUUCUGCAAAGGACGUGGAAGCCGGCAGCAUGCACACGCACCGAUCUGUUGCACCCUCUUUCCGAGACCGUUUUACCAGGCUGUUCUUUGAUGUACGCACUCUUGGUCGGGAACGAGAACCGGACCUACCUAUCCAGCAACCUCAGUUGUCCGAAUGGCCUCCCCUACACAUAGAGAAACGCCAGUGCUGCCAGCACUGUCGGUGUCAUGACCCCAAGAAGAAACGAAAACACAUUGUUUUCCGCUGGGUACUCCUAAUUAUAGUGAUCUAUCUUUUAAUCAACGCGAUUGUCUUGGAUGCGCGCACGCUGCAUCCGUCAACUUCGUCGUCACCGUCGCCAGCGUCGACGUCGACAUCCACGACGUUGUCGACAAGCGCGCAGCAAUGCCUCUCACAGUACAUCAUCAAUGCGCCAAGCACACCCUCUCUUUAUCCAUGCUCCACGUGCUUUCCAAUUUUUCAGAGUGUACCAUCGAACUUCUCGGACGGGAAUCCAGGGGAUGCCGAGCAGAUUCAGAAUGCUUUACAGUUCUGUAGUCUUCGCAGCAUAUUCGACACCACGGACAGUGCAGGACAGAGUCUUUUGGCGAAUGGUAGCUGGGUACAGAAUGUACAGUUCUGUGCAUGGACUGGUGUUUCAUGCGAUGGUUCUGGACGAGUGUCAUCAUUGCAGUUGACGUUCCCCUCUGUCCCAGCAGCUCUUCCUAGUGAAAUUGGGGGGUUAACGGGCCUGCAAAGCUUGCAAAUCACCGGUGACACAACCACUCCAGCUGGUUCUCUUCCCUCGUCAUUCACGUCCCUAACUGCACUGUCGACCCUCAACUUUGAGUCGACCGCCAUAUCUGCACUCCCUGACAACCUGUUUUCGUCCUUGAAGAAGGUCACAACGAUUACCCUGGUUCGCAACCGCAAUAUGGGCAGUGUCUUGCCCUCGAGUGUGACCGGGCUAUCUUUGCAGAAUUUGGUGGUGAACCAGCAGUCCCUGACGAAUCCUCUCUCGUCACUCUUUUCAAGCUCCUUCAUCCGGUCUUCCAUCCAACUAAUUGACCUUUCUUCGACUUCUCUCUCGGGAUCGAUUCCCUCUUCUAUUUCUUCCCUCUCUUCACUUGUUGAGCUCCAUCUGGACAAUAACAACCUCACCAACCCUAUUCCCGCCACUUUCCCGCCGAAGCUGCAGUUGUUGACCUUGUCUAACAACACUGGCCUCACCGGGUCUGUCACUGGGUCCUUCUGCUCUCUUACUGCUUUGCAGGAGUGCAGCAUGACUGGCACCGGGCUCACUCCUAAGGGUGGAUGUAGUGUAUGCCAAUUCUCUUGA